CGCUGCCCUGCCACCCCGACGGCAGCCUGUGGAGCCCCCGCAGCGGGUACUACGGCCGGCUAGCAGACCGCCUGCUGGAGGAGCUGCUGCCGGCACCGCAACCGGCACUAGCGCCGGAGCAACGGUUGAUGGAGCAGGAGGAGCAGCAGCGAGAGGAGUGGUCGCCUGAAGCAGGAGCGUGGGUUUUGGGGGCUGCGGAAGUACAUGGUGUGGUGGCGGGUGGCGAUGGCUUGAGCUGCCCCGAGGGCGGCUUAGCUGGCAGCAGCGGCAGCAGCAGCGGCAGCACUAGCAGUAGCAUGGGUACCUUUGCCAGCAGCGAUAACAGUAGCAGUAGCAGUAGCGCUAGUAACAGUCCCAACAGCAGCGGCAGUAGUAGCAGGAUGUGCCAUGUGAUCAUCGCAGGAGUACGGCAGAACUACAAUCUCAUGCGCGCUCUGUCGUACAAUCAAGAGGUACUCCGGCUGAUGACGUCGACGUCACGCAACGACCGUCAGGCGGCAACUUGUACGAAUGUUGCAGCGACAGCUGGGGCAGCUGCUGGUGGUAGGACGAGACACGGUGCAGCGCACUCUACAGGAGAUGGAGAUUCCUUGCUGCUCGGUUUCACGGCUUGCGGCUUGUCGCUGGGCGUGCUCAGGAAGUUCUACAAGGAGACGAUGGUGUACGGUCAGGGCCCUAUUCCGGAGCUUGGUGAUGCAGGGAAGCACCACCAAUCGCACAUGCAGCAGCACAUGCAGCCACCUGACGAGGGGGGCCCUCCUCAGUUCGUUACGGAGGGUCGGGACGCAUUUGAAGGCCCAUCACCCCCUGAAGGGUUGCAGCAGACCGCCAACCAUCCUCUGCCAUCACCACCGCAGGCAACGCCGGGCCAUCCAGCGUUACGCGGCUGGCCUGCUGACGAAUCGCAGCUAAAGCCACGCGCCCUGGCGACAUGCUUCCUGCUUCCAAGCACCGCCCUACAUCGCGUAGGUCUCAGUAGCAGCGGAAGCGGCAGUAGCAGCAGCGCUAGCAGCAGUAGCGGCUACAGCUUGCCUCCGCUCGCUGUCAAAGCCACGGCGAACGUACGGACGUUGGUUGCGCUUGCUGGGGACCGCUUACGUCAGUAUGGCUACUGCCGUAUGCGAGCAAUGGGCCCAGAUGCCGUGGGUUGUGCCGUACAGGUGUUGUACGACGCUAGCAAGUACAUGGCGCUUGAGGGAAAGGGUGUAAUUGCGUUGCCGUACAUGACAGAGCUGAGGCCUCAGUCGUACGCACAAUUGGUGCCCCAGCGGGCUAGCCGUACGCUGGCGGCGACGGCGGCGGCGGUUCACCGUACGGAAGAGGCGGUGGCGGCGGCGGCAGCAGCUGCCGUACCGCCGGCGCUGCUGGACAAGGCGCCGCAGCUGGUGCUGCACCUGGUUGCAUGUGAAUGGGAUGAGGGAGGCAGGCCCGUGCUGCCAGCAGGGUGGCAGGGGGCUAGUGCCGGUACGACGACGGCAGUGUCAGCGGCGGCGAAUACAGCUGGGGAGGGCCCGACGGCGGCCGCCGAAGCAGCAGUAGCAGUAGCAAUGAAUGCUGAGUUCGCGCAAGCGCCCCUCCACAGCGAUGUGACCCAUGUACGUGACAGCGCCGCUUCUGCAGCUCCAGAGACGUCCUCCUCUGCAGACCCCAGCAACCCCAAGUUGCUGCCCUCCAUGCACCUCAAUAGCACCAACGGCGGCGGCAGCGCCGACCUCCAGCACCCUGCCCCCUCCGCCGCCGCGACGUUACCGCCGCCAGCAUCUGCGUACGACAGCCUCACCCUCCGGGACCGCACGCCCAGCACAGCUGACGCCGCUGCGGCAGUGGCGGGCGGGCUGUCGGCGGGUCGGCGUGUGCGCGUGGCGGCGGCUGGGUUGAGGUCGGCGCUGAACCUGCCGGUGGUGCUGUACCGCGCGCAGGGCCGCAUGCGGGGGCUGGAGGCGAAGAGACGCGGGGCGGUGGUGUUUACGAUGACGACCGGAGCGCAAGCCGCCACCGCCUCUCUGGUGGCAGCAGAGCCAACAAUACAGCAGCAGCAGCAAGAGCAGCUGCAGGGACCUCAGCAGCAGCAUGCGCGGCCGGCGGAGGGCGCUGUCCCGUGGGGGAACCCGGAGGCGGGUAUGGAGCGCAGGUCUGGCGGCUCCUUCUGGAUGCAUGCGGAGGUGCUCGCCCUUCCCUUCCCCGCCUUGCAGCACCACCUGAACCAGCUACUGCGGCAGGCCAACAUCCCUAACAACACCCGUCCCAACGCCCCGUCCACGGGCGGAGCCGCCCCCACGACCCACGGGUCAGCGUCACAGCGCCCUACCCGUCGCCUGGCGUCCGAUACUUCACGUGCCCACAACCCUGACG